AUGACCUCUGACAAAACUGCUCUGACACCUGACAAAACUGCUCUGACACAUGCGCCGCCUGACUCUGACAACUGUUCCGGCGCGCCUUUUCGCAGGAGCCCAUCAAAUCAACUUGAUGGACUGCCCCUCAAGGACACUUCCCACCCUCGGUUCAAUCCAGCCGGUCAGAAUUUACCUCUUCAAUUGGCGCCAUCUGUGGGAACGCGAAGACAUCAGAGGAUGAAGCCUACGCGUUCUAGGAGCAGGAAAGCUCUCACUAUUGGGGCUGAGCAAAGUAAUGCGGCUCAGCAGGAAGAUAUUUCCGAAGGGCAGGAGUCCCCGAGGACUCAGCCCGCAAACGAAGAAACCAUAACCCGUAUGGCCGAGUUUGUGACCGAGAACCCUAACAUCUUCGAGGAGUUAGGGAGGUAUCUUAAGAGACAAGGCAAGCAGAAGGCCGAGUCCUCUAAAACGAAGUCAGAUGGAUCUCCUGAAGGUUCGUCUGAAGAAGAAUCUAACGGGAGGCGCUUGAGCCGAAGUGCAUCAAAGCGGGCAUUCUCCAAGGCCACCUCUAAGGUCGCCUCCCUAACCAAGGCAUUUUCAAGAGGGCUCUUGGGUCGACGACCUGAGGAGGAACCUCGACCUAUGGGGAGAGUUGGGGUGGAUUACAUGAGGGCUCCAUCCUUUACGGAUGACAUCAACGAGGAGAGGUUUCCUCCCAACUUCAAGCUCCCCUUGAUACAAUCUUACGACGGCCGAGGUGAUCCUGAAGACCACAUUCAUGCCUUCAUCUCGGCCUUCCGCCUAUAUUGCAUCCCUGACCCCGUCAUAUGCUGGGCUUUCCCAGUAUUCCUCCAGGGGACAGCUCGAAAAUGGUUCUGGGGUUUAGAACCUAUGAGCAUUUCAACCCUGGGAGAAUUAGUGGGGAGAUUUCUCCACCGAUUUGUCUCCUCCCGACCUACGACCAGGAUCUCGGCUUAUCUGUUGAAUAUACAACAGAACCCGGGAGAGUCACUUCGAUCGUACGUCCAGAGGUUCCACGAAAAAAGCGUGCAGAUACCUGAUCCCAAUGAGCAGGUUACCAUCGCUGCUUUUACCCACGGGCUCGUUGCCGGGAUUUUCAAUACCGGGAUCCACAAGAAGUAUCCUUGCACCCUCCAGGAACUAUGGUUGAAGGUCGAGAAGGGCAUACAGGCCGAAGACCUCAAUCAUAUGAAAAAAGAGGUCCAGGCCGCCCGCUCAGGCCGAAGGACUGAUCCACGAAGGGGAAAAGACGCCGGCCGAAGUGAAAUCGGAACAGGAAACAGCUUCCAAAGUCCUAACCGAGAUCGCCGCAGCGUGUUUGACAGGAUAUCUAAGGGAAAAUCAUCCAUCCCCGAGUUCGAGUUAACCCCUUUGAAUACCACCCGAUCCCGGGUAUUGUCCGUAAUGAAACAAAACAAUCUCGGAAGGGCGCCUCCGAAGAUGUACAGUAGCAGAGAUAAGAGAAACUCGAACCUCUACUGCCUGUACCACCGAGACAUCGGGCAUAAGACUGAAGACUGCCAUGAUCUCAAAAGGGAGAUUGAGAACCUCAUCAGGCAGGGACACCUAAAACAGUUCAUCCGCCGAGGUAGAGGUCAUCAACGUAAUGAACCUCGACGUGACAGUUGGGGUGAUCAACGCCGAGACGAAAGAGGGACGUCGAAAAGCAGCUGCAGGCCCCCAGAGGAUCCUAGGAAGACAAAAAGGCCUCCCCGAGACGGAUCUUCAGGUCAUGGGUUAGGGUAUGGACCCAACAUAGCCGGGGUCAUCAAUACCAUCGCUGGAGGUCCGACGGGAGGAGAUAGCCAGAAUUUCCGGAAGAGAACCAACAGGCAACCUAACCCGGAUCAGGCCGAGUCAAGCUCCCACCUAUCCGAAGUGAUCUCUUACGGACCCAGCGAUCCUGUCCCAACUGCCUCGAGCAGUCAUGAAGCCUUGGUGAUUGAAGUACUCACCAACAAUUACAUUGUCAAGAAGGUCUACGUUGACCCAGGGAGUUCGGUGGACGUCAUGUACCUCCGCACGUUUGAAAGUCUUAAGUUGACCAGGGAACACAUGACCCCGGUAAGGACCCCUCUGGUAGGGUUCGGGGGACACAUUGUGCAUCCCGAAGAGAUGGUUACUCUGACGGUGACUGUAGGGCAUCACCCCCAUUGCCGAACCAUCCCUUUCAAUUUCGUGGUGGUUAAGGCUGACUCUCCGUACAACUUGUUCCUAGGUCGACCCACGCUUAAUGCUCUGCGAGCAGUGUACUCCACAUACCAUCUGAGUUUUAAGUUUCCUACCCCCGCGGGUGUUGCCGAGGCAAGCAGCGAUGUCCACGCUGCCAGAGAGUGCUACCUCGCCACUUUGCAGGCAGCCUCCACAUCGGCCUCCGGCACGAGGUCCGAGAAGAGGUCCAAUAUCCUGUCAAUUGAUUGUAUCGACCCUCAGCAAGUUGAGAAACCCCAGAGGCUAGAGGCCGGAGAUGAGGUGGAGAAGGUCUCCCUGGACCCCACGAAUCCGGAUCAGACGAUCCGCGUCAGCAUCUAUUUGCCUGGCCCAGUUAAGGAAGUAUGGUGGAUCUUCUCAGAGAGUACCGAGACGUCUUCGCUUGGGCCGCAGAUGAGGUCCAAGGAGUUCCGCAUCAUCUCAUGA